CAACAGAAAUCGCCGCAAUACUCGGACAUCAGGAACUCAGCGCUGAAGGUGAAGUUCCGGACUCUUUUUCCUCCCCAUCAGGAGAGGAGAGGGGCGGCCUGAACCCUGAAGGCUGACAUCCGAAAUCCCAGGUGGCUUAAGAACACAGACUUUCUGAAUGGUUGAGCCCAGCUCUCCAGCGCUGCACCUCCUCUCCGGCGGGGAUGUCAGCAUGGCGGCUGUCGGUGUCAAAGUGGAACAGGAGGAGUCUGGCGGAGCGGUCGGAGUCAUCACCAAUGUGAAACCUCCCAAGACGUCGCCCUCGUGCGACUGGUCAGCCAAUCAUCCGCUGGAGGCCCGCCAGCUGACCCCUCCGCUCUCUUGCUCCCCAUCGGAGGGCUCUCCAGGUAAAGAGCUGCCUCACAGGCAAAGCCCCCUGGGACUGAAGGAGGCCAGGACACAUGACCGACCAGAAGGACAGUCGAACUUCAAGGAAGUAAUGCCCACCAUUGAGAAGCUGCUGAAUGUCGACUGGAAGGAGAAACUUCUGGAUAAAAGCUCAGGGUGGGCAGGACAACUGAAAGGAACCCCGGAGUCGCUGGCAGAGAAGGAGCUCCAGUUGUUGAUGAUGAUCAACCAGCUGAGCGGUCUGAGGGAGCAGCUCCUCGGGGCCCACUCGGAGCAGAGGAACAUGGCCGCCCUGCUGCUGGAGAAACAGCAGCAGCAGAUGGAGCUGGCCCGACAACAGCAGGAACAGAUCGCCAAGCAGCAGCAGCAGCUGAUCCAGCAGCAGCACAAGAUCAACCUGCUCCAGCAGCAGAUCCAGGUCAGCCCCUCUCGAGACCUUACACACGUCUAUGCACACUUCAGACAGCAGGUGAACAUGCCCUACGUGAUGAUCCCGGCUUUCCACCCCAACACGCAGCCCCCGCAGGUCACCUCUGAGUCCCAGAUGACCCUACCCCUGCAGCCGAUCCCCUGCAAGCCAGCCGUGGACUAUCCCAUGCAGCUGCUGCAGAACCCCCACCCCACCUCUGUCAAGAGGAGCAGUGGAUCCUUCAGACAGGAAGCCAGUCAGCCCUUGAACCUGACCUCCAAGCCAAAGGGGCUGGAGCUGGGGAAAACACCUAGUCCGCAGGGCCUGGAGCUGGGAUCUCUGGGGAUGCACGGGACCUACAGACCCAGAGACCAUCAUAGAGAAGUGAACCACAGCCCGUCUCGAUCUGCCCUCAGUUUCCUCGGAGAUGGCGAUGUGGUCACUCAGGCCAUCCACGACGCCCAGCUGCUCCUGAGGAACCACAGCGCAGGAGGACGAGAGAGGGGGAGAGAGAGGGACAGCGGGGGAAAGAUGGAGUAUAAAAGUUCUUGCAGCGAGAGAAUUUCUCACUCAGAGCGGCGUGAAGACAGUCAAGGCCUGCCGCCCACCGAAGACCACCUCAGCAGUGACUCUGAGGGUGCCCUGCCCGUCUCGGUCGCAGGCAGCUAUGCCGAGGCCCGGCCCCCUCCCUCCUCGGGCCACAUCAAGAGGCCGAUGAAUGCCUUCAUGGUGUGGGCCAAGGACGAGCGCAGGAGGAUCCUGCAGGCCUUCCCUGACAUGCACAACUCCUCUAUCAGCAAGAUCCUGGGCUCCAGGUGGAAGUCCAUGUCCAACCAAGAGAAGCAGCCUUACUAUGAAGAGCAGGCGAGGCUGAGCAGGCAGCAUCUGGAGCGCUACCCGGACUACAAGUACAAACCCCGGCCCAAGCGGACCUGCAUCGUGGAGGGGCGGAGGCUGAGGGUCGGCGAGUACAAGGCCAUGAUGAAGAGCAGGCGGCAGGAGCAGAGAGCCACCUACACACACAGUCAAACAGAACCACAGCAGAUCCACUAUUCCCACAGCGACGGUCAGUACCCGGUUACCGCCGGCUCAGUCUCCGUGACCGCCAUGCCUUUUCACCCUGCGUUGUUGGAGCACUACCUGCCACAGGUGCCCGCGGCGCCACGUCGAGCGGAGGGCCAGGCCACGCCCACCUCCCUACCCAGAGAGCGGGAGAGGGACAGAGAGAGGGAGCGGCCGCUGUACAGCGAAGGAGAGGAAAGUGAUGGAGGAGAGAGGAGUGAAGGGGAACUGGUGCUCCUGACAGACUGAAAAGGGGGAGGGAGGAGGAGGGGGGGGAGGAGUGAAGUGAAAGGGAGAGUGUAGCUCAGGAGGAAGGGUGCUUUUGAUUGGCCGACUGUCAGAGAAGAAGAAAAAGAACAGAGGAGACACAGAGGGAUUGAGCUAUCCCCUCGGUAAAUCAAAAAUGAAGACGUGGUAUAAAAAACUUACCCUUGUAGAUUGUUUUCAUUAAAACACACACACACACACACACACACACACACAAAAAGGCAAGCUGUUUCCGUACUAAUUUCCUUUCAUUGAUUUGUCAUCAGCUGCUUUGUUUCUUUCCACGCUGACUUUCACAAAUUCAAUUCCUCUCGGGGAUUUUCACCUGUUUCAGUAACUGGCAUGUGAUGGAGCUUUAUGUUAUCAGUAAAGCAGUGCUGCCCCCUGCUGGUGAAUGCUGGUAAAAAAAAAGAAAAAAGAAAAUGCAGACCUACAACCUUUAGUUUCUCAUCAUCACGCUGUUGAUAACAUGGACUCACCAUUUUAGUUCUUAACCUACCUAACACACGGUUCAGAUUGUCAUCCUGCCACAUCAAUUCAAGUUUCCACCUUGAAAAUAUUAGGAACAGAAGUAUUCCCGAACUUUUAGAAAGGGGGACAUUUUUCAGCUUUUAGUUCCUUGUUGUUUAUGCGUCAAAAACACUGAAUCCUACACUUCCCAUGAUGCAAAGCGAUGAAUGCAACAGGAUUAUUUUCCUUUGUAGUUUGUGCGCAAUCUCUCCAGAGCAACAGAGGACGUGAUACAGCUGUUUUUCUCAGGGUGAGCGGUCAACAGAAUCUGAUGAUUAAUGUGUGUGUGUGUGUGUGUGUGUGUAGACGGACCCCCCCCCCCCGAAAUUAAUUCCUUUAAAUUAGUAAAACAGCCUCCAGGACAAUAGUGCAGUUUAAAGUGAUAAACUAAAUCUCUGAAUUUGUCUCCAUGAUGAAAAAGAGUUCAUCACAGAAGGUGAUUUCGCUCUACGUUCUUGACAAAGUUUUAACUCCAGGUCACAUGUUUGUCAUCACUAAUGAAGUGAUCGUUUUUAGCUGAGGAAUGUCUCAUUGAUUAAUGAUUUUCAUCACGUUUUUUAAGAAGUUACUACCCUGAAACGAUGCAGUAGUUAACGAACAAACCUCCCCCUCAUCUUCCUCGUCUCUCCACGUCUCUCUGAUUGGUUGAGCUGUGCUGUAAAUGCUGUAUUUGUGUGUCCCAUCGGUUCCCCCUCGAGGGCAUGAUGGGUUGACCCGGGCCUUGCCUUUUUUUUUUUUUUUUUUAUACCUCUGUGUUUGUUUCUUUAAAUGAUUGUUGAUUGAUUGUUGUGCUGAGCGCCCCCCUCCCAUUUUUUUUGUCCAUCUCAUUGGCUGAUUUUUUUUUCAAGAUGCAGCCUCCCACACGCACUGUACACGAUAAUUUCUUCAAGUUAUUUUAUACAUACGUUUCUGCAAUCUUUAAAAAAAAAAUGUUCACGACUUUUUUUUUUUUUUAGGACAUGUCGUACUCUUUGUACUUCUUUGUGCAUCUGACCUCGUUCUAAGACUUCUCUGAAGCUACACUGGAAUUUAUUUUUCAGAUUUGACGACUGACAGUGAAAGUAAAAAUUCAUUUUCAGUUUAUGCAGUGACAUAUCGAUUGACCUCACGUUAAAUAAUGUUCCAUCUGCAGACCAGCAACAGAGAGGCAAAUCUAUCCUUAAAUCCCCCUCACACACGAGGGCAGUAGCUGUAUGUCUUUAGUAGUAUCCUCCCUCUCAGAGCGGAUACAUCGAUGGAUUCAUGUUCAAUCACCGGCUUUGAGCUGUGGACAGGGAAACAACUUCUUAAAGAUCUGUGUUAAUGAACCACUGAUCGACUUCACGAGAACAAAGACACCAAACUCAUGACUGUAAGAGUGUGUGUGAGGAAGUUAAUCCAAGGUCAUUCUUUCAUGAAAGAUUCUCACUAAAGGCAGGAUAGACGUUUACUUUAAAAGAAGCACUUCAAUUAAAUGUUGUAAGAUCAGAUUCAACUUCAAAAAUUAUACUUUCAUUGUAAUUCCAACUGCAGGUUUAUGUAGCUUGAUUAGGAAAUUAGUAGACUUAAACCAAAUACCGUAAAACUUCUAUUAAAAGCCCAUGCAGGUUUUUAUUUACUUCAGUUUAUUCAAUUGCCCUACCUUUAUUUGGGACAAGCGUGAAUAAGAGACCACCUUUAAUUAUUUUAAAACAACACUUGUGCACGGCAAAGAUUAGCAAGACUAACAAUUUGUCAAUUUAAACCAGAAAGAAUAUUUAACUGUGUACAAAGUUAACAAAUCAGUAAACAGAUUCUACAAAUCACUGAUUUUCUUUGACGUUGUCGGACAGCCCAUCCAUACCAACCUGCUGCACUGUAGAGAGAGAGAGAGAGAGAGAGAGACAUCUAGUUAAUAUAUUUUAAAUCCACAAACUAAUCAUCACUUAAUGCACAGAGGCCUCUAAUGCUGAGCUGCAUUCAUGUGUCAAAGCGUGCAGCAACACCAGGCUAGGAAAAGAGACUGGGCCUUAAAUUAGGAUGUUUAUUAAAAGUUUUACGAUAUUUAAAAAAAAAUCUUGGGAGUGAAGGUGCUGAGAACCGGCUAGCUCCUGCUUAACCUCGUUUCAUUUAAGUUCUGUAGACUGCGUUCACCUAAAACUCCCCACGACACUGUUCAUGUGCUGAAUCAACUGGAGCCAGAAACAGACAGACAUGAAUGUCCAACAUGCUGUAGCGUUCUGUGACUAACACUUCUUGUCUCGUGUCUGAAUUUGGUGUCUUUGCGCUCAUCACUUAAUGACCACACUGUAGAAAACUUAAGUGUACACUUGGGGGUCAAUCCAUCUGAUCCAGCUCGGUUUACAAAUCAUAAUGUCAGAAAACGCCACACUUUGGUCUUCAGGGUUCGGGGCUCAUCAUGUACAAUCAUGUUCAGGACUGUGUGACGUAAAUAAUGCUGGAUGAUGUGCACAGAGAGAGAUCGACAUCAAGAGGAAUGUGUUCAUCUUAUUUUAACGGAGACGUGCUGUGGAGUCACCUGUCGUUACCCCUGCUGAUGUAAAUAUAGAGAGAGACUUUAUUUUGUUUAUAAGAGCUUGUGUAAUUUAAAGGUGUAUGUUUCUUUAUGUUUCAAGAGUUUUGUGUUGUUGAUGUUGUUUUUUUUUUCCUUGAGAGAAAAUAAAUUGGUUGUGUUAAUCGUG